AUGGCUAUCGUUUGUGCAACGAUGAAGCUUUGUCUAACGCAUAAUACGUCUUCAAAUUUGGCCAACUGUGAUCUGACGUGCUUUAUGGUUAUGAUACUCGUAUUUGUCACUAUUUUUGUGCACAAGUUCAACGACGAUCGCGAAGGACGUAUAGCAGGUGGAAAAACAUCUAUGCUUAGCGUAACCAUUACCGGAAGCAUUGCUCUAUUAAUAACUGCAGUUUUUGGUGUUGUCGAUUAUGAGACUGACUUUGAUUUGUUCAACUACAUCAAUUUGAGCAUAAUCUAUUCCAUACAGAACUGUUUGAUCUGCGUGUUGAUAAGCCUUUAUUGCCCUAUUGCUUGCUCUUCGUUCGCAGGAUUUCCCCAAUUUCAUCAUGGGUUAAAGGCAAGCACAAGUUGUGUUCGUGAAUAUUUGUUAAUGUUUCUCUGUAAAAAUUCUAGAAAUCGAAAGUAA